AUUAUCCCAGCUUAGGUUGUACCGCAGAAUAAGAAGAGUAAAAAACAUUGAGACGGCAAUAUCGCCCAUGGAUACCACGCCCGCAAGGUGGUUGCGUCCUCGGUUUGACAAACGAUGCCGGCGAUGCAGAAUGUCCGCGGCAUUCCUCCCCUCAGGAAGGGCUCAAAUGGCGCUUACAUCUGCGGGCGUGUGUUACCCCAUGCGGCACCACCUGUGCCCCAAUCUCAUCCCCGACUGCUCCGAGACCCCGAUAGUGGACCGUACUCGCGCGAGUAGUCUUAGUAAGGCGGCCCUGUUCGCCCAUACCACCUGGGUGACGACGGUAGCCCGCGGCUUGUGCGCACUUGUCGCGUACGUGCUCUGCUGGAUCAAGUCUCUGAAAAUUACUGAGCCGACGCUCAUCCGGGAGCGAGACGAGCGCGAGGCCUGUGCGUUCAUGAUGAUGUGCGGCCCCGAGAAGAUACAUCUCUUGUUUGGCGCUGCAUCCUUCCAUAACCCCGCGGAAAUUGGAUCUAUCACGGAUGUAGACAACCCUGAGGCUGUGGAUUCACGACCACGGUGUCUGUGUCGUUCUAUAUCAUCGCCGUCCUCUCUAAACGAGGAGCCCGAGAUCCCCAGCUUGGUCAACUAA